AUGACUUCCACUCUUCAAGAUUCUGAGAUCUCGCCGGAAUUUCAUCAAGAAACCAACAUUCCCAAUCUUGAUUCCGCCGCUGCUCUUCAACUCAUGGCGGCGCUCCAACUCAAUCCCGGCUAUUCUUCCAUCAACUACGGCAACCACCAGGCGCCUGCCACGCCGCAAUGCACUAACUGCGCCUUUAACAAAAGGCAAUCCCCUUGUGAUUUCUCGCCUGAGCAACCCUCUUCCAAGAGGGCUGCCAUCCAGCAGCAACCGUCUUCCUCCGCCGGUUCCUCCGGCGACCAGCUCCUCCAAAAUGGCUUCACCAAAAUCCCACUUCCAUCUACUGUUCUGAGCCAAACACUUUCUGCUCCAAUUCCCACCAAGAAUCUCGAUGAUCAGAUUUCAGAUGGUGCUUUGGCCGUUUCUUUGAUUCGUAAUCCCUUGCCUGAGGAGAUUUCUGGGUUCAAUUCUACUCCUGUUCCGACGCAGCCGUAUCAACAAACUAUAUACCGUACAUACUCUGAACCCAUUCCCGAGGAUUACCAGGCAGUUGCAACUUCGGCCACGCGCAGACCUCCGGCAGCUGGGAAAGUUACGCGCCGCCCUGGUUUUAGUCUGAAGACAAAAAGUCCUGAUACUAAGAGGUUCAGAAGAAUGAAAGAAAGACUUAGAGAAAUGAAGAAAUGGUGGGAUGAGGUCAUCAAGGAAGGUGAAGAAGAAGAGGACGCUGAUUCUGGAAAUAACGAUCACUGCCCUCCAAAGGAUGAUACUGAAGCGAGUCAAGGAUGUGAAGCUGAAGAAGCUAGUCAUGAUCAGGAAGCUGUGUGGGUAGAGAGGAAAGGGGAGGUUCUGAUUCUGCAUUUCAAGUGCCCCUGUAGCAAAGGCUAUCAAAUUCUUCUCUCCGGGGAUAAUUGCUACUACAAGCUCUCCACUUUCUGA